AUGAAAUUCAUAAUAUUCUUGUCCUUUCUGCUGGUUGCGCCAGCUAUCCUUCAGUUUCUUUACACACUGCUCUUGCGGCACUUGAGUGCACGACGGGGCGAGCAAUGCCAAAAUAACUGCCCUGCCGGCCCGGCUAAAGACAGGAUCUUUGGCUUGGAUUUUAUCUACAACAUCAUUUUCGGCAAAAACAACGAGGACUAUCUUGCUUCCACAUGCCGACUGUUCAGGCAAUUUGGUGCGACGUACUCCAUGAAGAGCUGCGUCUGGCAAACUAUCUUUACCAGCGACAGCAAAAAUGUCAAGCAUAUACUUGCUACGUCGUUCAAAGAUUUUGAGCUGCCCAAGUUGCGUGUCGAUGCCAUCUCUACACUAUUGGGAACCGGAAUAUUCAGUCUCGCCACCACGGCAAUGCUUGAAGGCCACUUCCAAAGCUUUCUGCGCCACAUUCCGCAGAAUGGAGAGGAGGUGGACUUGCAACCCCUGUACUUUGCUCUCACCAUGGACUUUGCCACUCAGUUGUUGACAUCAAAGUCCUCGCACAUGCUGGACGAGACAAAGUCACACGACAAUGAGUGGCAGUUCUUCGAAGACUACACCACGUGCUCCGAAGAAGUCAUCAAGAAAAUGUGCCUCGGGCCGCUCCAGAUUUUCCGCUACAAUCGCGCCGCCGAGCAGGCCAAGAAGCGCGUCUUCAAGUACAUUGACGACUUUGUUGACGAAGCUCUACAAAGUGUCGAGCGGGAAGAGGCGCCCGAGCACAAUGUGUUGACCAAGCUCGCGGAAGCCACCUCGGACCGCAAAGUUCUACGAGACCAAAUGUUGCACCUGCUAGUGGCGAGCCGCGAUACCACGGCUAGUCUACUCUGCAAUCUGUUUUUCAUGCUUGCAAAAGAGCCUGAAAGGUAUCAAAGGCUGAGACAGGAAGUGCUGUCUGUCUGUGGCGAUGCGCCACCUUUACCAGAGCAGCUGAAGCAGAUGGAGUACCUGCGCUGGUGCGUUCAAGAAUCCCUGCGCCUGCAUCCUGUCAUACCCACCAACGCGCGGGAGGCCACACGAGACACGACGUUGCCCGUCGGCGGCGGCAGAGAGGGAACGGAACCUCUGCUUGUCAAGAAGGGCACACUGAUUGUCUACAACAUCUUUGCGAUGCACAGAGAUGAGGCAGUCUUUGGCGAUGAUGCGGACAAGUUUCACCCAGAGAGGUGGGCCGGUCUGCGGCCCGGCUGGGGAUAUCUCCCGUUCAAUGGUGGACCGCGCAUCUGUCUCGGCCAACAGAUUGCGUUGUUGGAAGCGCACUACUUGGUGGCGCGCAUGGUACAGACCUUUCUGACAAUGGCCUCGCAGGAAAGCCGAGGCUGGGAAGAGCUCUUUGCGCUCGCUACAACAUGCAAGCAUGGAGUAAAUGUCAAGAUGUUUUGGGAAUGA